AUGGUUCGAAACAUCGUCGUCAUUGGGGGCACCUCCCACCCUCAACUGACUCAGACGAUCAGCGACAUUCUCGGGAUCCCUCCUGCCGACGUAUUACUGUCAAAGUUUUCUGUUGGCGAAACCAGGGUCGAAAUCAAAGAAUCCGUGCGUGGAAAAGAUGUCUACAUUGUUCAGUCCGGUGGUGGAAAGGUGAAUGACCAUCUCUUGGAGUUGCUCAUCACUAUCUCGGCAUGCAAGACCGCAUCCGCUCGAAGAGUCACCGCCGUUCUCCCGCUCUUCCCAUACUCUCGCCAGAGUGACAUCCCUUACAACAAAUCGGGAGCUCCUCUGAUCAAAUCGUCUGUUGAAGGAAAGGGGGCUUCCAACGGGUAUACCUUUGAGAGCACCCCCACGACUCCCCAUCCCGGGAGGGUUGAGACUGGAAACCCGAUGAAUGGCGUCAGUGUCGAUAACCUGCAAAAGAGUCUGGCAAGGGCUCAGCUGGAGGAGUCUUCCGGUAGCCCGGUGAAGAAGCGUCAACCCAAUGGGCUUUCUCGCAGCGACACCUUGGAAUCUCUGAAGUCGGACAGCAGCAAGUCCACGCUUCCCAACGGCCUUUUGGACGAUAGUCAAGACAAAAUCAACAAGUUCGAGCCCCGUCCCGGAUACAAACAGUGGGUUGCUCAAGCGGGUACCCUCGUGGCUGACUUGCUCACUUGCGCUGGCGCGGACCACGUUAUCACGAUGGACUUGCACGACCCCCAAUAUCAAGGGUUCUUUGACAUCCCUGUAGACAACCUCUACGGGCGGCCUCUUCUCAAGAACUACAUCUUGCGCAACAUCCCCAACUACAAGGAAGCCGUUGUUGUGAGUCCGGAUGCCGGAGGUGCCAAGAGAGCGACUGCGAUUGCAGAUUCCAUGGGCAUGGAAUUUGCACUGAUCCACAAGGAACGCCGACCCACGCGGAUCACGGAUCGUCAGAAUGCCACCAUGAUGCUUGUUGGAGAUGUCAGAGACCGGACCGCGAUCCUGAUUGAUGACCUUGCUGACACGUCGAACACCAUCACCCGCGCUGCCAAGCUCUUGAAGAAGGAAGGUGCCUCUCAAGUCUACGCUUUGGUGACACAUGGAAUCCUAAGCGGUGACGCUAUUGAGCGUAUUAAUGCCAGUGCUCUCGACAAGGUUGUCGUGACCAAUAGCGUUUCUCAGGCAGAGCACUUGCGCCGAUGCCCUAAGCUGGAAGUCUUGGAGGUCGGCCACGUUUUCGCAGAGGCUAUUCGUCGCGUCCAUCACGGCGAGAGUAUCAGUGCGCUUUUCCAGUACGAGUAA